AUGGCGAGGAAGCACAAUUCACAGCAAACCCUCAAUAUACAUUGGAAAUAUGUGUGGAACACUUCAACUCACAAAAAGUAUCCCACAAAAAAAACGCCUGAGGCACCAACGUCUGUCAUUGGUGUGGCAGGUUCUCCAGUCAACCUUCCAUGUAAUAUCACCCCUCCAGGAGAAGAAGAAGAUGCCGAAGAUGCCAUUGCAUUAGUUCUUUGGUACAAAGAUGAAUCUACAACGCCUAUUUACAGUCUGGACGCCAGGCAAGGCAGUCUAGACCAAGCUAGGCAUGCGGCCAAAGAGGGUCUAGGAACGAGAGCUCGUCUAAGCAUAUCGGAAAGACCAGCGUUUUUGAAACUAGAUCCAGUGCUCAUGGACGAUGAAGGAGAAUAUAAAUGUAGAGCAGAUUUCAAAAAAGCUAGGACGCGGUACAUGUCAGUUAUUCUCAAAGUUGUAGUUCCACCAGGGAAACCAGCAAUUACAGACCAAAACAAAGAGGUCCUACAGAGCUUAAUAGGGCCUUAUAACGAAGGAGAACCACUUGUGCUCAUCUGUGAUGUUAUUGGAGGUCAGCCCUUGCCUGCAGUCACGUGGUGGCGGGAAUCAGUACUAUUGGACGAUAGCUAUGAUGUAAUUAAAGACGAUCACAUUAGAAAUGAACUGUUAAUAUCGACACUACAGCGCCAUGAUCUCAUGGCAGUUUUUACAUGCCAGGCUUCCAACAACAAUGUGUCGCUACCAGCUUCAGCUUCAGUUACAGUGGACAUGAACUGUCAGCCCUUGCCUGCAGUCACGUGGUGGCGGGAAUCAGUAUUAUUGGACGAUAGCUAUGAUGUAAUUAAAGACGAUCACAUCAGAAAUGAACUGUUAAUAUCGACACUACAGCGCCAUGAUCUCAUGGCAGUUUUUACAUGCCAGGCUUCCAACAACAAUGUAUCGCUACCAGCUUCAGCUUCAGUUACAGUGGAUAUGAAUUGUAAGUAA